UGCGCGUGCGCGCGCGUGCAUCGAUCACCAGGAAGGAGUCGGCGCUCCUCAUCCAUCCUCCGCUUCCUCCAUCCACGCCGCUCUCUCCAUCCACUCGUUGACUCUCAAGGGCGUCACGCUGGGUGACAAGUCGCUUACGUGUACAUGUGUGUCUCGCGCGCAGUCCGUGGGUCCGCUGGCAUGAGGAGCUGAAACAGGACCGACACAAGGAUGAAAAUGCUCCGGUUUCGCAGCCCCAGCAUCCGCUCGUUGGACCAGGAGCUCCUGUGCACGAUCCGGUUACUGGAUGACUCGGAGAUCUCCUGCAGCAUUCAGAGAGACACCAAAGGCCAGUUCCUGCUGGAUCAUGUGUGUAACCACUACAACCUCCUGGAGAGAGACUACUUCGGCAUCAGAUAUGUGGAUCCGGAGAAGCAGAGGCACUGGUUGGAGCCCAAUAAGGCUGUUAUGCGACAGAUGAAGACAGCACAGCAGCCCUUCACCAUGUGCUUCAGAGUCAAGUUCUACCCUCAUGAGCCGAUGAAGAUCAAGGAGGAGCUCACAAGGUAUCUGCUCUACCUCCAGCUGAAGAGAGAUAUUUAUCACGGCCGUCUCCUCUGUCCCUUCAUUGAAGCUGCGUAUUUGGGAGCCUGCAUCAUUCAGGCUGAGCUGGGUGACUACGACCAAGAAGAACAUCCGUCCGACUACAUCAGAGACUUCAAGCUGUUCCCCAAACAGUCCCUCAAACUGGAGCGGAAGAUCAUGGAAAUACACAAAACUGAGCUCAGGGGUCAAUGUUCUGCGCUGGCCGAGUUAAACAUGCUCCAACGUGCAUUCAUCCUGGAAACAUACGGAGUCGACCCUCAUCCUGUCAAGGAUUUCACCGGCUCCACGGCCUUUCUGGGGUUCACCGCCACGGGCUUCGUUGUCUUCCAGGGAAACAAAAGAAUCCACCUGCUGAAAUGGGCCGACGUCAGCAAACUCAAGUUUGAAGGGAAAACAUUCUAUGUAAUCGGAAUCCAGAAAGAGAAGAAGCUGGUGUUGACGUUUCACACUUCGACCCCGGCGGCUUGUAAACACUUGUGGAAGUGCGGAGUGGAGAACCAGGCCUUUUAUAAGUGUGCAAAAUCCAGUCAGAUAAAGACGGUUUCCAGCAGCAACAUCUUCUUCAAAGGGAGCAGGUUUAGAUACAGUGGAAAAGUGGCGAAGGAGGUGAUCGAGGCCAGCUCCAAAAUCCAGAGGGAUCCCCCAGAGGUUCGCAGAACCCGCUUCGGUCAGAGCCGCAGCUUCAACUCUUUGAGCCACAAAAACCUCAUCAUGAACAUGGAGCCCCUCGUCCCUGCGCUGCCCUCCACCAACGAGUACGAGGAGACGGCUCUGGACAACGGUGUCGCCCCGGUAAAGGAUUCUGUCUCUGUGUCUCCUCACACACCGUCCGUCGCCCUUAAAGAUGCAGAGAGCCUCACAGGUGACGGGGCCACCCAGGCCCCCGUCAGUGACCAGCCUCUGCACGUCUCCAUGGAACCCUCACAUCUCAGACCUCAGACGCCCAAAGCAAAUGAUGAAAGCAAGGAGGAGGAAUCCGGCGGUGCUCUCACUAUCUCCGAGCUCACGUACAGCCCCUGUGCCAGCAUGUUGCCCUCCCCAGUUGAAGAUAGUCAGGGGGGAGUGGACUUGCUCUUCUCCUCUCCGGUCCAAAGCCCGGCCAGACUCCUGAGGGAGCUUCACGCUGACCCGGAAAUACAGGCCAAGCUGGAAGCUGAGAGGGAGCGUGACCGGGCCUACGAGAGAACCAGACUUGCCGCUGGAGGUGGAGUGGGAGGAGUCUUGUCCAGCAGCCUGCGCCUGCUGUCGUCCAACCAAAGGGUCAACGCUUGCGUUCUGGGUGUGGCCCGCUUCGUGGCCGUGGUGAUGGGCGUCCUGUUUGUCACCGUGCCCACCUUGCUCCUGCUGCUGGAGUCAGACAUUGACGUCUCCUUCCUCCAUGAGAUCCGGCAGACGCCCGAGUUUGAGCAGUUUCACUACGAGUACUACUGUCCCCUCCGACGCUGGGUGCUGUGUAAGAUCAGCAUGGCCAUGGAGAACCUGUGGUCGGACUAGACUUCAGAGUGAGACCAGUUGCCUGAAUGACUCCUGACAUGUGAAAUUUCCCUAAAAAAGUUAUGGUUUCUUCAGAUCACAUGUGAGGAGACAUUUGGCUGAGGGCUAGCACGGAGAAGAGAAUCAAAGGUCAUGUAAGUUAUGAAAAAAAAAAAAAGAUUGAACGUGGUUUUAGGCUCCUGAUGCUGACAGGUCACCGCCCAAGUUUUGCCUGGUAACGUGUCAGUCAUGAAGGAGUGGGCGGGGCCAGAGAGAAAGCUUCAAGAGUGAAGUCACACGCACGUUAUUAAUACACUGGUAAAGUGACACAGAGGACUAUUGAAAUGACUCUUCAAAGUUGUUUUUAAGGUUUUGUACAUUUGUAUCUGAUUCAGGAAUUUUUCAGUGAGGACGACUCACUCUGAGCUUAUUUUCAAGUGUUUACAAAAGAAUAAAAAAAGAUAUCUAUAUAUUGAAUUUUAAAGGGGCGUUGGAGAAAUUUCAAGAUUUAUCUCACUACCAGCAGCGUUUGUCGGCUCGGUAGCAUCCUGGGUUUUUUUCCCCCACAGAGGCUAUAGCACAAACCGUUUACACAGAUUACAGCUGUUGAGAUUACAUGAUGUCAUUUCAGAAUCAGGAAACGUCUGGAAAAAAAAAAUCAUCCUGAAGUUUUGUUUUUUUUUGCUGUGCUGAACGUCCUCUGUUUUUAAGUCACAAAUUGUGCGUUUUUCAAUGUGCUUGGAGAAGAGGCUGUUAGACGGUAAAAGAAAGGAAAGGUCAGCGUCGAAUUCCAUUUUAGUGUCUGUUUUAUUUUAUUUUAUUUUAAUAUUGUAAAGAGAGUUGCCAAGUAGAAAUUAGUGAUGUUCAUUUAGCUGUUUCAUGUCAUCUGGUGUCUGUUGUUGUAGACCUCGCUGAGCCUUUGUUGUCAGUUAGAUUUGGAGCAACUUCCUGUGUGGUGUUCAGCUCUGUGUUGAGGUAGCAACUAUGACUUGUCUCGUGUUUGGAUUGUUGGUGACCAACGACUUAGAUGCUGAAAGCCGUCACAAACUCCAAAAUCCAUAUUCCGAUCACAGUUAGCAUGGAAACCAUAUGUGUAACUUGAAAUAACUUCACUGUGAUGAGACUAACUGGUGUGAGUGCAAUUCAACUCCUGAUGUUGGAAAUGAAGUUGAUGGAGGACGGUAAACAGCGCUGAGUGACAGCGUCAGUAUCUCAUAUUAAAAGUAAAGUAAGCACAGUUGAAAGUUGAACCAGCAGGUGUCGGGCCACGGCAAGAAGGAAAAUCAAAAUUAUAUGUUUUAUUGAAAAAAAGAGCUUUCAAAAAUGUAUCCUCUCCACGAUUAAAUCGAAGAUAAGUCGUUUUCCCAGUCAACAAUUGUUCACCUACUCAGGAAAGGGCAUCAGACGCUCAUGUUCAAAUCAUAUGACAGAUGAAAAGCAUCAUCUUUCCAUAUUUAAUCACGCAUUUAUUCUGUGGUCGAAUCGUAGCAACAAAAGUGUGUUCCAAUACCUCUGCAUUUAGCCAUCUCAUUAUAAACAGAGUAACUGCCUCUUAUGAAUAUGCAUGCAAUAUAUCAGCUGGUUUCACACUGACAAACGAUAUGCACACAUUUGGAUCAAAGCAUUUAUUUUCCUACGCACUUGUUCAGGAGCAAUGUCAGCGCUUUGACGUGAACCGCUUCACUGUCACAGGUGGAGGCGACCUGUAUGCACUGACCACACGCUCUGCGUCCUCCAGGGCAUUCUCUACCAAUACAAGGGGGAUGUGACAACGCAGCCGUCGAACUGUUGCCCUCCUGCAUGCUGCCUCUCCCAGCUCUUCAUCCAUGUACAGUUUGUCGCUUGAUCCUUUAUUUCUAUCGACUAACCGGACGUGAAACGACACGUCCUUGUCUGUAAAUAAGCUUGUGGCUCCACCAUAGUGUGUCGGUCAGUAGAGCCUUGCCCAUCCUCUCGCUGCAUGUUUCUCCCAGGAGCAUUUGAGGGUGAAAGAAGUUGUAAAUGAAAAAUCCUGAGGAGGUGUUUCUCCCCCCACCCCCUUCUCUGUUCUUAGGUGAAUUGGAUUGCAUCCCUAAAAGAGCACGUUAGAGGCUUUACCCCUGCAAUGUUGCGACACUUCCAUUGAACUCAUUUCAGCAGUGUGGAAGUAGCUUUUCAUUUUGUAGCACUGAAAAGUGAUGUUUAUUUUGCACUUGUUUUCAGUUUUAAUAAACAAAAUAUGCUCGCGCCACACAUUUUCUUUUCAAAUGACAAGAGCCAGGUAUUUACUCAAAUAUAUUUUUCAAAUGUUCAUCAUGAUUAUGUAUGGAAACGGUCUAACUAUAGAGUCGAUGCCUGAGCUCAGGUCAUGGGGAGUGAAAAUGUGCGGCCGGUUGUGAUCCUCUCAGUGUUGCGUCUUGCACGGUCACUUUGUCGUUUUGUUUGGCUGAUUUUGCUCUGUUGUUGUCGUGUUAGUUCCUCAUUAGUUUCUUUAAAUGAGCUACUCUGGGAGGUUUCAUCGUACACAAAAAAAAGAGAAGCUGUGCCCUCUUGACCGGGACAACCAAGCCUUAUGAACUUUGUGAAGUGAACAUUUUUAAACGUUUGUAUGUUACCUGAAGAAUUGUGUUUUUUUUAUGUUAUUACUGCCACAAUAAAGCUCCCUGAUGAAU